AUGUUCGACGCGGACGAGCGUCGGGCGCUCGUCCUGAGCGUCUUAGCGGGGGCGACGACCACGCUCGGCGGCGUCGUCGCCGUGUACAAGAAACCGGACGCGCGAGCGUUGGCCUUCUUACUCGGCGUCGCGAUCGGGGUGAUGACCACGCUGUCGUUCGUGGAGCUGUACGUGAAGAACGUGAUCGAACACGGGAUCUUGAGCGUCACGGGGGCCACCAUGGGGGGGGCGGGACUGUACGCGUGCGCGGCGCCGCUCCUGCCCAAUACCGAGCAGCGCGCUGGGACGACGAGCAACGGGUCGUCACCGAGCGAGCGAACGGCGAUGAACGCGAUGGAAAAGAGCGAUGACAAGAAAGAUACGGGGGGGAUCGGAGGCGUGAGCAAGGUGCGACUGCUCAGGCUCGGGAUUCUCAUGGCGUUCGCGAUGACGCUUCACAAUCUUCCCGAGGGGUUCGCCGUGGCGUGCGCGUCCUUCACAAAGAUCGGACCGACGAUGGCGUUCGCGAUCGGUAUGCACAACGUGCCAGAAGGUAUCAUCAUCGCCGCACCGGUGUACGCGGCGACUGGAAGUCGAACUCGUGCGAUACUUCUCGCGACUGCGAGCGGUUUGUCGGAACCAAUCGGAGCGCUCGUGGCGUUAAAGUUUAUGAAGCCUUAUUUGACCCCUGCGCGACUGGAACACCUGCUGGCGGCGACCGGUGGCAUCAUGAUAGCGGUGAGCGUUCUUGAACUGUGGCCCGAGGCGAAGAAGUGCGCCAAUAACGAUAGCAUGUACCGAGGAAUACUCAUAGGAAGCGGGCUGAUGCUUCUGACGCUAUAUCUAGGAGCUUGA